AUGGCACGUGCACUUGUCCUCCUGCUGGUAGCCCUGACCGCCACGACGGUCCUGGCCGAGAAAACCUCACUCCCUCUCAACGCUGACUCCAUCGCCGAGGGUAUGUCUAAUGCCUUCCAGAUCGUGACAGAAGUCCAUGCGGCCGCAGCUAUAGUGUUCAAGGGCUUCUCCGAGGAGCUGCAGAACACACUCCACUCCACCACCAACCAUGGACGUAGUAUGCUCGGCUUACAGGAGGACGCCCACUCCUUCUUCAAGGACAUCCUGGGCGGAAACUGGAGCGACCACGUCCCCGCGGCCUGGAAGGACCAUGACUUCAGCCUGGACAAGCUGAUCCCCUUUGACCUGAAGCACAGCCUGGAUGACUUCCUGGAGAACAGUCAGCUGGACGAGUUCCGCCGGCCCCAUACCAUCCCUGAGCUCCAUGACCUCUUCGAGUCUACCCUCGCCAAGUUCUGCAAGAAUUUCACCUUCAACAUCUCCGAGAAGGUGGACCCCUUCUGCGCCGGGCCCACGGUCUCCCUGACCUACAACCCCAAGGUCUGCAUCAUCGACGAGCUGAAGAAGCAGAUCAUCUGCACCCCCGCCUCCAUCACCCUGACCAAGGAGCCCGGUGUGUGCGUGAAGAAGGCCUUCACCCCCACCAUCUUCAUCGGCAAGUCCUGCGCCAUCCGCAAGACCAUCGGCGUGGAGGCCGAGGUCGUCAUCGGCGGGGGUGAGUUUGUUGUGCCCCUCAACAAGUACUUCCCACUGUCGGACAAGGCGGGCGAGAAGCUGGAGGCCAAGUUCUCCAAGUUCAAGAAUGUAUCACAGGUAAGAUAUGAUUCUGUGACUUUAACCAAUGAGCGAUCCAUCCAACGCUUUGAGAGCAGUUUGGUGGGGAGGGCAGGAUGA